AUGACAGUCAAUCAAGCUUCGCCAACAGCAGCUCCUCAUGUGCCGCCCGCUGGUGUGUGGUGUCCGGCGGUCACCUGCUUCACCGAGGAUGACAACCUCGACCUUGACUCUCAGUCCAAGUAUUUUGCACAUUUAUCAAAGUCCGGUCUAGCAGGUCUAGUCGUCAUGGGUACAAACUCAGAAGCCAUGCUGCUCACUCGAGAAGAACGCUCGCAGCUCAUCGCUACAGCUCGUCAGGCAGUUGGGCCGAGUUUCCCUCUGAUGGUAGGCGUCGGCGCACACUCAACCAAGCAGACGUUAGAACUUGCCGAAGAUGCAGCGAAAGCUGGAGCCGAUUAUCUGCUGGUACUGCCACCAGCGUACUUUGGAAAGGCGACUACCAUGGCGACUGUGAAACGGUUCUUUGCCAGGGUCGCAGCAGAGGCAAGCUUACCAGUCGUCAUUUACAACUUCCCCGGAGUUUGCAACGGCGUGGACAUAGAUUCAGAUACCAUGACCGCGAUCGUUCGUGAGAGCGCCAAGUCGAAUGACGGUGUCUCCAGAGUUGUCGGCGUCAAGCUUACUUGCGGCUCCGUUGGCAAAAUUACUCGCCUGGCAGCGCAACACCGACCCGAGGACUUUUCGAUAUUCGGCGGUCAAUCUGAUUUCCUUAUUGGAGGGCUAGCUGCCGGCAGCGCGGGAUGUAUCGCCGCAUUUGCAAAUGUCUGUCCAAGACUAACAGCUGAGAUAUACAAGUUGUAUACUUCGGGCGACCACCAAAAGGCUAUGCAGUUACAGCAAUUGGCAGCCUUGGCAGAAAGCCCGUGCAAGAGUGGAAUUGCAACUACUAAAUUUGCAGCAACUUUAUUUUCUGCCAAGUUGGCGGGAAUUGAGGACGCCGAGGCCAAGUUCCGUCCUAGACACCCAUACGAGGAACCAAGCCAGCAAGUGAAAAGUUCUGCCAGGGAAGUGAUGAAGGAAGCGGGAGAUAUGGAAGAAAAGUUACAAAAGUUGGGAGUUUGA